UUUUGUGUAUUUGAACGCAUCUCGGUAACCGAGGGUUGUCCGUAUUCACGCUGCGUCUCUGCGGCCAUGGCAACACUUUGCCGAACGUUCGACUGCUUAAUCAUAGAAAACUUCGCCAACAGUCUCUUUUUAUGCAGGUGUGUUUAAAGCAUGAAUUUGGCAGAGAUCUGUGACAACGCCAAGAAGGGCCGUGAGUAUGCUCUGCUGGGGAACUAUGACUCCUCUGUGGUGUACUACCAGGGCGUGAUUCAGCAGAUCCACAGACACGCUCAGUCCCUCAGAGAUCCAGCACUGAAGGUCAAAUGGCAACAGCUUAGACAAGAACUGACUGAGGAAUAUGAGCAGGUGAAAGGCAUCAUGGGAACACUUGAGAGCUUCAAGUCUGAGAAGCCUGUCAACAUCCUUGCCCCUCAGCCAGAGGAGAGAACAGAGGAUCCAGCCGCUUGGCCCCCACCCAUCCCAGCAGAACACAAGAAUCCUGCUGUAGUGAAGAGGCCUAACAGUGCGGUGAAUAAGCAGAGGAAGGACUCUCCAGGUCUGCAGCACCGAGGAGGAGGAGGGGGACGCGCUCAGGCCAACUCUAAAGGAGACCGGCAGGGAAACAGAGACGGCCGGGCUGCUAAGGCCAAAGAUGAUAAGGGUAAAAAACUGGAAGCUUGUGAUGCAGAACAAAAGAAGUUUGAUAGUACUGGAUAUGACAGCGACUUGGUGGACUCACUGGAGAGGGAUAUUGUCUCCCGUAAUCCUAAUGUGCACUGGGAGGAUAUUGCUGAUUUAGAAGAUGCCAAGAAGCUUCUGAGAGAAGCCGUAGUGCUGCCCAUGUGGAUGCCUGACUUUUUCAAGGGGAUUCGUCGACCAUGGAAGGGUGUCCUGAUGGUCGGCCCACCAGGAACAGGAAAGACAAUGUUGGCCAAAGCUGUGGCUACAGAGUGUGGGACUACUUUCUUCAAUGUGUCCUCCUCCACCCUCACCUCCAAAUACAGGGGCGAGUCGGAGAAACUUGUCCGUCUGCUGUUUGAAAUGGCCAGAUUUUACGCUCCCACAACCAUCUUCAUAGAUGAAAUUGACUCCAUCUGUGGCAGAAGAGGGACGUCCGAUGAACAUGAAGCCAGCCGGCGCGUCAAAUCAGAACUUCUGAUUCAGAUGGAUGGUGUCGGUGGGGCCUUGGAGAACGAUGACCCGUCUAAAAUGGUGAUGGUGCUGGCUGCCACUAACUUCCCCUGGGACAUUGAUGAGGCGUUGAGGCGACGGCUGGAGAAGAGGAUCUACAUCCCCCUGCCCACAGGUGACCUUUCAACUGCUGCCCAAUUUGUUUCACACAAGAUUUAUCCUGCGGGCUUGUGCUUCAAUUAUGUUGAUCCAUUCCUCAUAAAGCAUCCCCCCCGAUGUCUAAUUUAUGUAGCCGUAGGCCGUGCGGAGCUUUUAAAGAUCAACCUGAGGGAGGUGGAGCUGGCUCCUGAUGUGGACCUGGACCUCAUAGCUGAAAAAAUCGAGGGAUACUCCGGAGCAGACAUAACCAAUGUCUGCAGAGAUGCAUCCAUGAUGGCCAUGCGUCGCCGAAUCCAAGGCCUGAGCCCUGAGGAGAUCCGAGCCCUUUCUAAAGAUGAGCUCCAGAUGCCCGUCACUAUGGAGGACUUCACUCUGACUCUAAAGAAGAUCUCAAAAUCCGUCUCAGCUGCUGACCUGGAAAAAUAUGAAGCCUGGAUGGCUGAGUUUGGCUCAGUGUAGAAAAAGGAUGCAAACUCACACUGUUGGACCAGAGGGUUGAAAGAAAAGUUUCCAACUUUAAAGUGUGAAGGCUUUGAAGAGGAAGACAACUCCAACACUGGCGCCAGUGAGCGCAUCAGUGACAAUGGAGUUCACUUCAGAAGGCUGACAUCUUUGACCAGGCAUCAUAAGAACGUUUAAAAAAGCUGCUCUUUUAUAUUUUUCUUUUUACUCUAUAAUUAUAGACGAAUACAUCCAACGUCUUACUUCUUAGUGUAUAUCAGUGAUGCUUGUAUUAUUUAGCUGAUCAAUUUGGAGUCAGCAAUUAUCAUUUAAUAGUCAAAAAGGAUGGAAAACUGUAUUUUUUUCCCAAACAUUCUUGUUUGGCUCCGUUUCUGUGCAGCUCUCAUUCAAAAGGAAAGAAAAUAAAAUCUCUAUGCCACAAAUAAUCAGGCCUUUCUGCUGAUGCCUAACAAUACCAGAAACCUAGAGUUGUAAUCAAAGUAAAAAGAAAAGACACAAGAACAAAUCAGGCCAUGUCAUUUUAACACAAACGGAAACGUCUUCCAAUUAAUCACAAUCAUCACAAGGCCUGCAGAAAAGUGUUCAGCUUUCCAUUUACAAGAUGUUUUAGGAAGAUUUUAUUUUAUCAUAAUUUAAUAUUGUUUUAAGAGUGAAGUAUUGUUUUAAACACUGUUACUUAAAAUUUCUUAAAUCUUUUUUAUAUGAAGCUUGUCUUACGGAAACACAUUUCAGCACUUUAAAUGUAUUUUCAUAAAACCUUCAGGUCUUUACCACUAACUGAAUGUUAAUAAUUUAGUGAUAUGUUUGCUUUGUUGUGACUUAUUUUGUUUUUUGUGCAUUUUUAUAUUUGUUGUUAUGACAAAUGUGUUAAGAGCGACUGAAUGUGUGUGCUGACGUGCAGCUUUACUUUUUCUCCAAAAUAAAGUUAAUUAUUUGUUCUUAAAGGUA